CCAUCAUGUCGCUCAAGGUACAAAGGUCGAUUUUUGAACUGCUCUUUCAACGAAAAUUCUCUAAGUUUUACACUAUUAUUGAAAUCACAUGAAGCAUAUUAAUGGCAAUGGCUCGGAACAGUCUUCAGGGCCAGGUUUCCACUUCAUUUUCAAGGCACAAAGCGACGCAAAUAAAACUACUUGACCUUCUACGCUCAGAGAAGCCAAGUCUCCACGUUGUAUCGGUGCCGUCUCAGGCCGUUCAUUGUGGGAAGAACAGGUUGAAAUUUCCUGAUCCAAACAAUGAUUGUUAUGUUACAUUUACUUUAACUGGGCAAACAGCCCGAGUUUCGUUGCCUGUACAUUACAAACUGGAAAAGACACAGGAAGUAGAACUGGAAGAAGAUGACUGCCCUUCUGAAGUUCAUUUGCAUGGUCUUUGGUAUAGUUUACAAAUAGAGUCSGUCACGCGAUAUUCAUCGCAAGGUGAAGAACUUUCCUCGAAUUCAUCAGAGAAAUCCUACUGUUGUUACCCAUUGUCAGARACAAGAAGAUGCGAAUCUAGCAUCACCUGRUAUGGCCUCUGGUUUCGUUUGCUAGAGGAAGAAACACGUUAUCAUUUUCGCGUUGUUUUGAAYUUAGAGGGAGGUGAAUUCUUUCCCAAAGAGUUCUUCAAGAAUGAUCCCUAUCUUACUAACGUCAUAGAUGAAAAUGGGGUCGUUUGUGGUGUAGAAUUUGACAUAUGUACCAAGCCCGGUGARACAAAGUCUGAGAAGAAAUCAAAGAGUGUCUUACUUCCAAAAGCCACCAACACUUCAACAUCACCACUACAUUUAUACUCCAAUGAGAAUUACAAAAAGUUUAUUAAGUCUGUGCAGGAACUCAAAUUUGAAGCUAAGUAUGAUGAUCUUGAAAAACUUUUAUCAAAUGCGUCGACAAAGUACAAGYCAGACUAUGACAUUAAGGUAGUGGUGCUUUUGGAGCAGGGGCUUGUUGCUUGUCGUAAAAGAUUUUGCGAUUAUGCAAAAGAGCUUUUUAAAAAUGCUGUCGAUUUAGUUGGACGGUGUAAAAAUAAAGCUCUUUUGACUGGCCGCAUCUACGUUUACCUAUCUGAAGUACAUUUUAAUGAAGGGUUUAUAGGGAAUGCUGGUGAAAGUCUUUCCGUUGCCAGAAAAUACCUAGAGAACUUUGGCUUGUGUGAAGAUCUUGGUGACCUGUGUUUCUGUGAGGGGCUCAUUUUAAUGGUCUAUGCCAAGAGAACACAAGCAUUUCUAAAAAACCUUAUACCAGAAGCAAGGGAUAAGUUCUUGGAGGCUGCCAGGAACUUUAGUCAUGGUGAAAGUGUGAGCCACAUGGGUGAUAAACUUUGCUGCACGUAUAUCAAGCUUGCAUCACUUGAGCUGCAGCCAAUGCCUAAUGAACAGAGCAAGGAGCUUGAAGUAUCACCUGAACAAGUAUCAAAAGCCAAGUCUUACCUUGAAAAAGCUCAACAGUCAAUGGAUGCACUAUCAGAGCAAACAAAAGUGUAUUACCAUCUGUGCUCAGCUGAGUUUAACAUAGUUACAAAUCAAAUGGAAAAAGCCAAAGGACUGUUCAACAAAGCUCUGGAGCUUGCUAAAUCUAUUGGACUACAGCAAUUUGUACAUGUUGACAUUGCCCUUGAGGAAGUCAAAAGGUGUUUGGAGAUGGAGGAUGAUGCUGUUUUCAAAGAGAAGCAAGUUGUUCAAGAAGAAAGACUACCUAUCAGAAAUAUAACGUGUGACAAGUCAGAUAAUGAUGGRUAUCUUGGAGACAGGAGUGAUGAAGACAUCUAGGAGUCAARCCACUUUGACWAUUACAGACAGCCUUGGUUGUCAUCCAAUUUUAAGUAUGUAAACAGUUGCACUACUACAUUUUGAAAACAUCAUGAAAUUUAAUUGGUUGAAUGAGGGCACUUUUAAAUCUUAAAUUAGAUGUUGGUAAUUACUACAAGUAAAACCAGUGCAGGUAAUGCUAGUAGCUCCUCYUCAUUUCUUGCUUGARCAUGCAGUGCAUGCUCAGUGGCCAACUGUUCAGUGGAGUACGCCAAAAGCUUCUUUGACCGUACUUUUUUAAAUGUACAGGAGAAUGAAAUAAAUGCAAAAAUUAUUUUUUUUGUUCAAUUGUAUAUACCUAGAAGUCCAGAGGUGACUAUAAAUAAAUGAACAUAAACAUUCCAGGAAAAUAUUAGUUUUUCUUCUACAUCAUAAAUCAAUUGUAUCGACAUGUAUAAUAUAUUAACUUUUUAUAAUACUUAACAUUAAUUGAACCAUAAGUUCAAGUGGAUUACUUGAACAAUAGAGUAGGCAUUAUGCUUUGAUAGCUACUAGCUGAAACUGAAUGUUCUGUAAAACAAAUAGAAAGAAAAAGAAAAACGUUCUUAGGCGACUAUUAAGUUUUGAGGAACAUCCAGUUAUCCAAGGGCAGCUAUCUCAUCAUAAUGCCUGAGAUUUAGGCUUCUCUAUCGUUUUUAUUAUUCAACAACAAGAUUCUCUGAUGCAGCAGGCUCUGUGCACUGUUAGCACCCCUCUUCCCCUCAGCGUCAGGCACUAUCACAUCAGAUAGUUGACUCUCCACCAAUAAGGGCGGAGGAAAAUUAUUGUUGAAUUAUAAUAGUUCCUAAGGCUGUACAGUAUCUAUCAACUCUUAUAGUCAACAACAAAUUUCCCCCACUCAUUGGUUAAGAGUAGGGCAUGUAAAGUGAUAGUGCCUUUAAAUUUCAUUUUAUAUUUAUAUAUAUCUUUUUCACAUCAGUACUAGGGCGGCAGUCUCYGAAUGUGUGGACGUAUAGGCAAUUACAAACCAUUAUAAAGAUGCAGCUUGGCUGCUAUUUUUCUCAUGUAACUUGAAUAAUACUUGUAUAAUACUUGAAUAAAAAUAAAGAUAUAUCUCAUUUAGCUUUA